CGAUGAUGCGAGUGAAUACGUCUUCCGGAAAGUCAGUGAGGGCGUCUUCGAGCGGAAAUGUUAUGGGUUAGAGGAGCUUACGUGUAACAUUGCAGAAUAUUGUGACGGCUUUGGACAUUUUACCGUGUCUGCAUUGGUUUCUCUUACCACUCUUCAUGCUCGUAAUGAAUUAUUAUUGGAAGAGCGUGUACGCGCAGCUUGGACUGCGUUCCGGCAUUUUAGGCCCGCUAUUGCGUGCAGAGUCUUCAGGCAUACAGAAGGAGAUAGACGCUUCGCCUUCCGAUACACUGUACCACGGACAAAAGAAGAGGCGGACGCAUGGCUCGACGACACUGUAUUCUUUGAUACCAAAGAAAAGGAGGGAAAGACAUUUUAUGAGCAGCACUGCGAGCUCAAGAACGGUCGAUGGUGGAGAGCCUCGGACAAUCGGUAUGCUGCUGAGUUGCACGUCUUGCCGUUGGGCGAUGACUGGCACUUCAUCUUGUCUGCUUCACAUAAUAGUAUUGACGCAGGAAGCGCCUUCACGAUGCUCGAGUUGUUUCUCGAAUCUCUGAAGCUAGAGCUGGAGAGCGAGACGAGUCCUACUUCCGUCUUGGAUUGGGGAUCUGAGGUCGUUAGGCUUCCACCACCUGGAGCGUUUAUUAAAGACCUUGUGGAGCGCAAAACGCUUCCUGAUAUCUUGCCUCAUAAUACUGGCCUGAAGAAUGAUGGAGAAUCCCCUUCUUCGUCUAUUAGCAACACGUCCGACCAAUGAAACAGGCGAUGUAACCCGCCUCGUCCACUUCUCCGAAGAAACAACAACAAAACUCCACGCCGUCUGUCGUAGGAACGGGAGGACGAUCAUGCAAGUUGUAACAGCGCUGACCGCUCUCGCGCAUGUCGAAACUGUCCUAGUUCAUGCAGGAAAACACGGCCCGGAGAGGUCUGAUGAAGUUUUGUCGACGUUUGGGAAGGCGACGCAUUAUCUCAUCCCGUUGAACCCUGUCAACAAGGUGAUUACUCGAAGACUUUGCACAUUUGAUAUGAUGAGACUUAAAGCGGGUUAAAGAGAAGUGAGAUGCCAGGAGGAUACGACUCGCUCCGGUCAUCGACGAGUACGCCGCUCUGUUUGGCUGACAAUGUCCCCUUGAUGUUCCCGAUGAGAGGGAUAAAGAAUUGCAUCAAGAUUGACGAAGAAACGCUCUCCGUCAUUCGCGUGGUUGAUGAAAAUACGUUUUGGAAUGAACUCGUAAUUGACAAUUACGCUUCCCGCGAACUAGAGCUCCAUCAUAGAUUCAGCACAUUCACGCCAAAGAUGGUCGACCUUCCUUUACUUCUCGUUUCUUCCAUCGGAGACUUAGAACGCCCUGAUCUUCUAUCUUCCUUCGUCCCUGCUCGUCCGUCUCCGCAUCCGUCUCUGCAGCAGCGAACAGAAUACACGUCGAAGCAGGCACCAGAGCAAACAAUAAUAGUUCACAAUGUCAUAUGUGGUAUACGUGCCCGCAUACCGCCGAUUAUGAACAUCCUAUGGGAAUACAAUGGGCGAAUUGCAUGUCAUUUCAUGACUGGGAGCGAGUAUAUGACUGGUGAGGAAUUAGCGAUCUUGACAAGGAGAUUUGAAGAGUGGA